UCGGUGUUGAAUCAGAUCCGGGAUGAAUCCUGCAGAGGAGGAGCCGAGCGAGCCCGAGCCUGAGGCUUUCUACCGGACAGGCUCCUUCAGGUCUGACGGCAUCAAAGCCUCUGAUGUUCUGCCGGUGCUGAAGGAGAAAGUCGCCUUCGUAUCAGGUGGGCGGGACAAGAGAGGAGGACCAAUCCUGACGUUUCCUGCCAGGAGUAACCACGACCGAAUAAAACAGGAAGACCUGAGGAGGCUGGUGACCUACCUGUCCACUGUGCCCAGUGAGGAUGUGUGUAAGCGGGGCUUCACUGUCAUCCUGGACAUGCGUGGGUCGAAGUGGGAGCUGAUCAAGCCGCUGCUGAAGACGCUGCAGGACGUUUUCCCGGCUGAGAUCUGCGUGGCGCUCAUCAUCAAACCAGACAACUUCUGGCAGAAGCAGAAGACCAACUUCGGCAGCGCCAAGUUCUCCUUCGAGACCAGCCUGGUGUCGGUGGAGGGCCUGGCCAAGCUGGUGGACCCGUCCCAGCUGACGGAGGACUUCGACGGCUCGCUGGACUACAACCACGAGGAGUGGCUGGAGCUGCGGGUGUCGCUGGAGGAGUUCAUGUCGAGCGCCGCUCACCUGCUGAGCCGCCUGGAGGAGCUGCAGGAGCUGCUGUCCAAGAAGGAGUUUCCUGUGGACGUGGAGGCGUCCCGCCGGCUGAUCGAGGAGCACACACAGCUCAAGAAGAAGGUGCUGAAGGCCCCGGUGGAGGAGCUGGACCGCGAGGGCCAGCGGCUGCUGCAGUGCAUCCGCUCCAGCGACGGCUUCUCCGGCAGGAACUGCAUCUCCGGCUCCGCAGACUUCCAGAGUCUGGUUCCCAAGGUGGCCAGUCUGCUGGAUAAGCUCCACUCCACACGGCAGCACCUGCACCAGAUGUGGCACGUCAGGAAGCUGAAGCUGGACCAGUGUUUCCAGCUGCGUCUGUUUGAGCAGGACGCCGAGAAGAUGUUUGACUGGAUCAGCCACAACAAGGAGGUGUUCCUGCAGAGUCACACGGAGAUCGGGAUUGGCUACCAGCACGCCGUGGAGCUGCAGACCCAACACAACCACUUUGCCAUGAACUCCAUGAAUGCCUAUGUGAACAUCAACAGGAUCAUGUCGGUGGCGAGCCGGCUGUCGGAGGCCGGACACUACGCCUCCACGCAGAUCAAACAGAUCUCAGGUCAGCUGGACCAGGACUGGAAAAGCUUCGCCGCGGCGCUGGACGAGCGCUCCACCAUCCUCGCCAUGUCGUCCGUCUUCCACCAGAAGGCAGAGCAGUUCCUGUCGGGGGUGGAGGCCUGGUGCAAAGUCUGCAGCGAGGGGGGCUUACCGUCCGACAUGCAGGACCUGGAGCUCGCCAUCCACCGCCACCAGAGCCUGUAUGAGCAGGUCACACAGGCCUACACCGAGGUGAGUCAGGACGGUAAAGCCCUAUUGGACGUCCUCCAGAGGCCUCUAAGUCCCGGCAAUUCUGAUUCGCUGACGGCCACCGCCAAUUACUCCAAAGCGGUGCACUGCAUCCUGGACGUGGUUCACGAGGUUCUGCACCACCAGAGGAGGCUGGAGAACAUCUGGCAGCACAGGAAGGUCCGCCUGCACCAGAGACUGCAGCUGUGUGUGUUCCAGCAGGACGUGCAGCAGGUGAUGGACUGGAUUGAAAACCACGGCGAGGCUUUUCUCAGCAAACACACCGGAGUCGGGAAGUCUCUGCACCGAGCCAGAGCGCUGCAGAAGAGACACGACGACUUCGAGGAUGUCGCUCAGAACACCUACACCAACGCUGACAAGCUGCUGGAGGCGGCGGAGCAGCUGGCUCAGACCGGCGAGUGCGACCCGGAGGAGAUCUACAAGGCGGCGAGACACCUGGAGGUGCGGAUCCAGGACUUCGUCCGCCGCGUCGAACACAGGAAGCUGCUGCUCGACAUGUCUGUGUCCUUCCACACACACACCAAGGAGCUGUGGUCGUGGAUGGAGGAGGUGCAGAAGCAGCUGCUGGAGGAGGUGGGCUGCGACUCGGUCGACUCGGUCCAGGCUCUGAUCCAGCAGUUCCAGCAGCAGCAGACGGCCACGCUGGAGGCCACGCUCAACGUCAUCAAGGAGGGGGAGGAGCUUAUCCAGCAGCUCAGGUGAGAUGCGGCUCUGUCCACCAAUAAGACGCCUCACUGCAGUUCCAUCGCUCACAUCCAGGGGGUGCUGCAGCAGCUGGACGAGGCUCAGGGCCAGAUGGAGGAACUUUUCCACGAACGCAAAAUCAAGCUGGACAUCUUCCUGCAGCUGCGCAUCUUCGAGCAGUACACCAUCGAGGUGACGGCGGAGCUCGACGCCUGGAACGAGGAUCUGUCUCGUCAGCUGGCCGACACCGGCGGCUCGGCUGCUGGGGGCGGCGGUGGCGGUGGCGGCAGUGGGGCGGGCAGCAGUGGCGGCAGUGGCGGCAGCAGCAGCAGCAGCGGUGGUGGUGGCGGCGCCUCCUCUGGCGGGUCGGAGGACAUCGGGCUGGCGGAGCAGCGGCUGAAGAGACACACAGAGAGGAAAACUGCCAUGAACAACAUGAGCUACGAGGUGAUGCAGCAGGGCCAAGACCUGCACCAGUACAUCAUGGAGGUCCAGGCCUCAGGCAUCGAGCUGACCGGGGAGAAGGACGUGGACUUGGCCUCCCAGGUGCAGGAGCUGCUGGAGUUCCUGCAUGAGAAGCAGCAGGAGGUGGAGCUGAGCGCCCAACACACACACACUCGGCUGGAGCAGAGCCUGCAGCUGCGCCACCUGCAGGCCGAGGUCAAACAGGUGUUGGGGUGGAUUCGGAACGGGGAGUCCAUGUUGAAUGCCAGCAUGGUGAACGCCAGCUCUCUGUCCGAGGCCGAGCAGCUGCAGAGGGAACACGAGCAGUUCCAGAUGGCUAUAGAGUCUCUGUUCCACGCCAACUCUCUGCAGAAGACUCAUCAGAGCGCCCUGCAGGUGCAGCAGAAGGCCGAGGUGAUGCUGCAGGCGGGGCACUAUGACCCAGAGGCCAUCCGCAGCUGUGCAGAGAAGGUGGCCGUCCACUGGCAGCAGCUGAUGCUGAAGAUGGAGGACCGACUGAAGCUGGUCAACGCCUCUGUGGCUUUUUACAAGACCUCUGAGCAGGUGUGCAGUGUGUUGGAGAGUCUGGAGCAGGAGUAUCGCCGGGACGAGGACUGGUGCGGCGGUCACGACAAGCCGGGCUCGUCGUCCGACAGCGAACACCUGCUGCCUCUGAUCAGCAAACACCUGGAGCAGAAAGAGGCCUUCCUCAAGGCCUGCACUCUGGCCAGGAGGAACGCCGAGGUGUUCCUAAAGUACAUCCACAGGAACAACGUGAGCUCACCUGGAGCCGCCAGCCACACCCGAGCACCUGAGCAGCAGGUCAAAGCCAUCCUGAACGAGCUGCUGCAGCGGGAAAACCGAGUUCUUCACUUCUGGACAUUAAAGAAACGCAGACUGGACCAGUGCCAGCAGUACCUGGUGUUUGAACGCAGCGCCAAGCAGGCAUUGGAGUGGAUCCAGGAGACAGGUGAGGUUUACCUGGCGACACACACUUCACCUGGUGACAGCAGCGAGGAAACACAGGAGCUGCUGAACAACUACCAUCAAUUCAGGCUGACCGCCAAGCAAACAAAGGAGAAGGUGAAGCUGCUGAUACAGCUGGCUGACAGCCUGGUGGAGAAAGGCCACGCCCACGUGGUGGAGCUGAAGCGCUGGGUGAGCACGGUGGACCGCCGCUACCGCGACUUCUCGCUGCGCAUGGGACGCUACCGCGAGAGCCUGGAGAAGAGCCUGGGGGUCAGCUCCGAGGACAACAAGGACCUGGAGCUGGACGUGAUCCCAGCGAGCCUGACGGACGACCCCGAGGUCAAAUUGAGGGACCCCAACCACGAGGUCAACGAGGAGAAGAGGAAGUCGGCCCGCAAGAAAGAGUUCAUCAUGGCCGAGCUGCUGCAGACGGAGAAGACGUACGUCCGAGAUCUGCACGAGUGUCUGGAGACGUACCUGUGGGAGAUGACCAGCGGCGUGGAGGAGAUUCCUGUCGGCAUCGUCAACAAGGAGCACAUCAUCUUCGGCAACAUCCAGGAGAUCUACGACUUCCACAACAAUAUCUUCCUGAAGGAGCUGGUGAACUACGAGCAGCUUCCAGAAGAUGUUGGUCACUGUUUUGUCACCUGGGCUGAUAAGUUCCACAUGUAUGUGAACUACUGUAAGAACAAGCCGGACUCCAGCCAGCUGAUCCUGGAACACGCCGGAACCUUUUUUGACGACGUGCAGCAGAGACACGGCCUGGCCAACUCCAUCUCCUCCUACCUGAUCAAACCUGUGCAGAGGAUCACCAAGUACCAGCUGCUGCUGAAGGAGCUGCUCUCCUGCUGUGAGGAGGGUAAAGGAGAGAUUAAAGAUGGUUUGGAGGUGAUGCUCAGCGUUCCUAAGCGAGCCAACGAUGCCAUGCACAUCGCCAUGCUGGAGGGCUUCGAGGAGAACCUGGCGGUGCAGGGCGAGCUGAUCCUGCAGGACAGCUUCCAGGUGUGGGACCCUCGCUCUCUGAUCAGGAAGGGGCGGGACCGACACCUGUUCCUCUUCGAGAUCUGCCUCGUCUUCAGCAAAGAGAUCAAAGACUCCGCCGGACGCACCAAGUACCAGUACAAGAGCCGGCUGCUGACGUCAGAGUUGGGGGUGACUGAGCACAUCGAGGGGGAUCCGUGUAAAUUUGCUCUCUGGGCAGGAAGAACUCCGUCCUCCGAUAAUAAAACUGUCCUGAAGGCAUCCAGCAUGGAAGUGAAGCAGGAGUGGAUCAAGAACAUCAGGGAGGUGAUUCAGGAGAGGAUGACUCACCUGAAGGGGGCGCUGAAGGAGCCGGUGCACCUCCCCAAAACACCGGCCCUGUCCAAGCCCAGGAACAACAGCAAGAGGGAGGGGCUGGAGGACGGCGACAGUCAGGGUGACGGCAGCAGCCAACCAGACACCGUGUCCAUCGCCUCCAGGACAUCCCAGAACACUGUGGACAGUGACAAGCUGUCAGGUGGCUGUGAGUUGACGGUGGUCCUGCAGGAUUUCACAGCGAGCUGCAGCACAGAGCUGUCCGUCACCACAGGCCAGACGGUGGAGCUGCUGGAGCGCCCCAGCGAGCGUCCCGGCUGGUGUCUGGUCCGGACCACGGAGCGCGUCCCGCCGCAGGAGGGGCUGGUGCCCAGCUCGGCGCUCUGCGUGUCCCACUCCCGCUCCAGCGUCGAGAUGGACGGCUUCUUCGGCUCCGGGAAAGAGAACUACGCGGUGAGCGGCUCUGACGGGAAGACGGAGUCGGUGGCGAACCUGCAGCCGCAGGCGUCGCUCAGCUCGCUGCAGUCCAGCUCACCGGGGCCCAAACGCUCCGGCAACACGCUGAGGAAGUGGCUGACGAGCCCCGUGCGCCGCCUCAGCCACGGCAACUCCGUCAAGAAGCUGCCCAACAGCAAGCAGAAGAAGAGCGGAACAGGGAGGGAGGAGAGCAGGAAGAGUAUUGAUCUGGGACCACCGGAUCAGACCCUGCAGGAUGACAUCAUCGAUGAGGCGGUGCACAGUAAGGACAGCCAGCUGCUGUCCAAGUCGUCGGGGAUGCAGAGCGGGGGGGAGGAGGAGCAGGACGAGGAGGUGCACCCUCCUCUGCCCCCCCCCAUGGAGAUCAUCAAGGACCCGUCAGCCCAGGACGACAAGUCUUCGGCCUUGCUAACGUCUCUCCAGUCGUCCUCGGAGGUUCCCAGCGCUGCAGAGCUGGUUAGCGCCAUAGAAAAGUUGGUUAAAACCAAGAUGACUCUGGAUCCGGGUUCGUACCCCGGCUUCUCCCCCCUCUCUCCCCCAGAACAGACGACUCCAGUUCAGCCUCGAAACCCUGAACUGGAGCAGAGAGCCAAAGCCAUGAGAGGACGAAUGUUCGUCCUGAACGAGCUGAUCCAGACAGAGAAGGACUACGUCAAGGACCUGGGCAUCGUGGUGGAGGGCUUCAUGAAGCGGAUCGAGGAGAAAGGCAUCCCAGACGACAUGAAGGGAAAAGACAAGAUUGUGUUUGGAAACAUCCACCAGAUCUACGACUGGCACAGAGACUUUUUUGUAGGAGAGCUGGAGAAAUGUGUGGAAGACCACGAGCUCCUGCCCCAGCUCUUCAUCAAGCAUGAGCGGCGGCUGCACAUGUACGUGGUGUACUGUCAGAAUAAGCCCAAGUCAGAGUUCAUCGUGGCGGAGUACGACGCCUUCUUUGAUGGCGUCCAGCAGGACAUUCAGUCCAGACUGACCAUCAGCGACUUCCUGAUCAAACCCAUCCAGAGGAUCACCAAGUACCAGCUGCUGCUGAAGGACUUCCUGAAGUACAGCAGCAAGGCCGGCAUGGACUGUGAGCAGAUCGAGAAAGCGGUGGAUCUGAUGUCUCAGGUUCCCAAGCUGUGUAACGACAUGAUGAACCUGGGCCGGCUGCAGGGCUACGAGGGCAAACUGACCAGUCAGGGCAAGCUGCUGCAGCAGGAGACCUUCUUCGUGACGGAGCAGGACACCGGCGUGCUGUCCCGCUCCAAGGAGCGCCGCGUCUUCCUCUUCGAGCAGAUCGUCAUCUUCAGCGAGCUGCUGAGGAAGGGCUCGUCCACGCCGGGCUACCAGUUCAAGAAGAGCAUCAAGGUGUCCUACCUGGGUCUGGAGGACAGCAGCGAUAACGACCCCUGCAAGUUCGUCCUGUCGUGUCGCGGCUCGUCGGAGCGUUUCACCCUGCAGGCCGCCAACGUCGACGUCAAGCAGGUCUGGGUCCGACACAUACAGGAAGUACUGGACGCUCAGAGCAACUUCCUGUCCGCGCUCCAGUCGCCCAUCGAGUACCAGAAGGAGAAGAGCGGAGGAGGCAGCACCUCCUCCCUGACUAGGAACCACUCGGCGUCCAGCCUCCGGCCCUCCUCGUCCUCCCAGUCCUCCCACAGCCGGCCCUCCUCUGCAGUCAGCCUCGGUGAGAAGGACAAGGACAGGGGGCGGGGCCAGAUCAAAACCUCUACCUCCAACGGCGGAUCGUCGUGUUUUCAAUCCAGGGAUGGUGGAGGAGGUUGUAACGGCGUCUCCUCCUCCCUGCUGGUGACUCAGGAUUACUCAGCGCUGAAGGAGAAUGAGAUCUGUGUUCGUCGCGGCGAGACGGUUCAGGUCCUGGCGACCAAUCAGCAGAACAUGCACCUGGUGUACCGGCCGGCCGACAGCCAAUCACCGGCCGCCGAGGGCUGGGUGCCGGGCCACGUGCUGGGCCCGCCCGCCAAGUCCAUACGAGACUCCUCGUCCACCUCCUCCUUCUCGGCGGCGGUGGCCGACGCUAACAACAUCAAGAAGUCUCUGUCGUGGAACACGCUGCGCUGCAGGAAGCGCUCCGACACCGCCGGGGUCAGAGGUCACGAGAACGGCCUCCUGUGCAAGAACAAAGAAACCACACCCCCUCCCUCGCUUGCCCCGCUGGCCCCGCCCACUGCCGCUGCCGCCAGGGCCAAGAGCAACGAGCCUCACAGCUCAGAGGAGUCCGACUGUGACGACGACCUGGACCCCAAGACAGGCAUGGAGCUCCUCAACCCAAACUUCAUCCAGGAAGUGGCUCCAGAGUUCCUGGUGCCCCUGGCCGACGUGGUGUGUGCGUUCGGAGAGACGGUGGUUCUCUGCUGUAAAGUGUGUGGCCGGCCCCGACCCUCGGUCACCCUGAAGGGCCCCGACCAGAGCGCACUGGUCAGCAGCAGCCGCCUCACCAUCACCAUCAGGGACACGGGGGACGUCCUGGUGAAGAUCUGUAACCUGAUGCCUCAGGAUACGGGCAUCUACACCUGUGUUGCAGUUAAUGACCAUGGCUCCGCCUCCUCCUCCGCCUCCAUUAAAGUUCAAGGUAUCCCAGCAGCCCCUGGGAGGCCGGUGGCUCAAGAGGCCAGCAGCACAGCAGUGGUUCUUCAUUGGCCGCCGCCGGCUGCCAGCGCCCACUGCGCUGUGAGCAGCUACACGGUGGAGCUGCGACAGGAAGACUCGUUGCUAUGGCAGCAGGCGUCCAGCAGCAAGGAGGAGUGUGUUCAGAUCGACUGUCUGAUCCCUGGCGGCCACUACCAGUUCAGAGUCCGAGCCUCCAACCGCUGGGGGGUCGGCCCGCCCUCCCAGCCCUCCAACAUGGUCACCCUGCCCAGCAGCUCUGCCUUUGACGGGACAGGGGUCCAGUGGAAAGAAAACUUCGAGUUGAACUUCUCUGAGAUUUGUGAGAUCGGGAGAGGAAGGUUUUCUGUGGUCAGGAAGUGUCUCAACAAGAACACCAAGAAAGAGGUGGCGGUGAAGUUCGUGAGUAAGAAGAUGCAGAAGAAGGAGCAGGUCGCUCACGAGGCCGACAUCCUUGGCCACGUACAGAACCACCAGCUGGUGGCGCUGUUGGACACUUAUGAAUCUCCCACCUGUCUGAUGCUGGUUCUGGAGCUGCUGGACAACGGCCGCCUGCUGGACUUCCUCGUGGCUCAUGAUGAGCUGAUGGAGGAGAAGGUGGCGUUCUUCAUCAGAGAAACGCUGGAGGCUCUGCAGCACCUGCACACCUGCAGGGUGGCUCACCUGGACCUGAAGCCUGAGAACAUCAUGGUCGACCUCCGCUCCGCCACCCCGUGCGUCAAGCUCAUCGACUUCGGUGACGCCGUCCAGCUUUCCGCCCACCGCCGCUACGUCCACCUGUUGCUAGGCAACCCUGAGUUCGCCGCACCCGAGCUGAUCCGCGGCACGCCGGUUUCCGUAGCGACAGACGUGUGGAGCAUGGGCGUGCUGGCGUAUGUCAUGCUCAGCGGCGUUUCCCCAUUUCUGGAUGAGUCGCCAGAGGAAACCUGCGUCAACAUCUGCCGCCUGGACUUCUGCUUCCCCGACGAGUACUUCCAAGACGUGAGCCAGGCCGCGAGGGAUUUCGUCUCCUCCGUGCUCCAGCAGGACCCCAGGAAGAGGCCGAGUGCUACUUCCUGUCUGCAGCACCCGUGGGUGGGGCGUGGGGGUGCGCACGGCGGGGAAUACUCCAAGACGCCCUUGGACACGACGCGUUUGGCCACAUUUAUCGACCGAAGAAGACAGCUGCACGACGUCCGGCCCAUCACCAACAUCAAGGGGCUGGUGAGCAGCAGCAUGGGCAACACGCUGUGAGGGGGCGGAGCUCCGGUCCGCUGCCAUGGCAUUCAGGACCACAUUUUAUUUUUACAUAGGAAG